AUGUCCAAGGUGCUCACUAUUUUCGGCGCCACCGGGAACCAAGGUGGUUCCGUUAUCGACGCCAUUCUCGCCGACACCCAACUAUCGAAGGAAUUCAAGGUCCGGGGUAUCACCCGCAACAUUAGCAAGAAAUCGGCACAGGACCUGGCUCAGCGCGGUGUAGAUGUUGUUAAGGCCGAUCUGGACUCCGUCGAUUCCCUCACCAAGGCGUUGAAGGGAUCCCACACUGUCUUCCUCGUCACGAACUACUGGGAGAUUAAGAACCCUGAGGUCGAGUUCUCUCAAGGCAAGAAUGUCGCCGAUGUCUCUAAGGCCGUUGGUGUCUCGCACCUGAUAUUCUCAUCUCUCCACCAUGUCGCGGAGGCGACCAAGGGCCGUCUCAGCCAUGUUCCUCAUUUCGAUAGUAAAGCCAAUGUUGAGAAGUAUAUUCGUGGUUCGGGCGUUGAAUGCAGCUUUGUCCUUCCCGGUUACUACAUGAGCAAUUUCAUCAAGAUGCUCACCCGUGCUGAGGACGGGUCGUACCAACUCUUCUACCCAGACAAGCGAAUUUUGGCCGCUGUCAAGUACUACGGCCCCGAGGAGAUCGUGGACACAUUCUCGAAGGUAACUGGCAAGAAGGCCGUCUUUAGCAAAGUCGCCCCCGAGGAAUACAAGGCCUCGCUGCCUCCAGCUAUGGCCGACGAGUACCUCGAGAACCAUCUGUUUGUAGAGGAGCCUGGUUACUACCUCGGAGAGCCCCUGGAGCCUAGCUUACGCCUUCUUGAUGCUAAGCCCACUACCUGGGAGGAGUUUGUGAAGAGGAAUGCUUCCGCUUGGAAAUACAUCCUUUUAUAG